AUGUCGGCGCCUCCCGCAACGCGUUCGGACGUCCCUCCAAGAGCACACAAUCAUUUCGCGCCACUUCUCCUCCUCAACUUCCUCAAGCAUCACAACAUCCAGCGGACACAUUACGAAGCCAACAUCAUGGUUCGCCAUACACCACAACCUGCACCUGAGGUGGUGACUGAUUCGGUGUUCUCUCGCCUUGAGGCCAGAUUCGAGGAACUCACUGUCGAGAGAUUGCACAUCAAGAACAUUGCAGAGGCACAGACCAGGCAGCUCGAAGAGCUGAAGACACGCGAGGAGGCCGUCAAUCGCAAGCAGCAGGGCUUCGCCGAUCGUGAAGCUGCUAUCGUCACUCGUGAAGCAGCCACCGAGGAGAAGAAUGCAGAUGCGGUGGAUCGACAGUCGGCUCUCGAGAUUCGAGAGCGGGUAAUGCAAGAACAGGAACUCCGGGUGCAAGGUCGCAUGCAGCGCAGUAUUGACCGGCAGCUUCAGGUCAAUGCUCGUUGCCGCGCCUCUGAGGUCCAGAAGCGUGAGUUGGACGAUCGCGAAAAGUCCCUCGAGGAGCGCGAGAGACUUGCCACAGUGUGCGAGCGAGGACUGUCACAGCUGGAGAGCAGAUUGCAGGAGCGUGAAACCUCUCUCGACGAGAAAGCUGCAAGCAUCACGAAGCGGGACGAUCAGCUUGACUAUCGGGAUUCGCUUGUACACGACCGCGAGGUCAACGUGGCAGCCGAGGAGGACCGGGUCGAGUCGAUGAAGCAAGAUGUUGAGCAGGGCGUGGCCAGUACUGACUAUGGCUAUGGCUACACCGACGACGACGAGAUCAUCGAUGCCGAAGACGACUUCCUCAACUACGUGGGCGAGGCACCCAGCCUAUGGGAUGGGCGCGUCGAUCCCGAGUCCACCGAUGAACACUUCGGCGAGGUACAUGGCUGUACAGUCGUGGGUCACACUAUCCAAGAAGGUGAAGGCUACAUCGAGAUUCUAGAGUUCGAGGAGUCAGCACUUGCCGAAUGGACUGCUUUUGCUCGCAUCGCUGAGGACGAUUUGACCGAAGCUAUGAAGGAUGUCAUCGAGCGCGAAGGUACGGCAGCCGUUCCUGCCGCUGAGAAGACCAGCCGACAGGUGGUGCUACGUCAUGUUGUGCCUGAGAAAUGCACAGAGUGUUGGACUACUCGCCGCAUUCUCGUUCAGGGCGUCAAACAGGAGACUGAAGGCGAAUGUACCAUUCGUCCUUAG